AUGCAUCGCUCAUACAAACGGCGCACCAGGAAUCUCUACCUCUCGCAGCUAGACGAGGACAAGGCCGAGGAGCUCCGCAAGAGCCCCAGACCGUCACCAAGAGUCGCAAGCCCCCCACCUCCUCCUUACGAGAAGGGCCCAGCAUCAACUGAGACCUUGAAAGUGUCCGAUAAGCCAAAGGAUAUUUCUCCAAGGCCCGCCGACGCUCCUAAGCCAGCGCCAGCGCCAGCACCUCCAGCAGCCCAGACUCCCAAGUCGCCCCCGAAGCAGCCAACACCUGCUCCCACCACCAACACCACACCGGCUCCUAAAACUACCGCACCGGCUCCUAGGACCAUCACCCCAGCUCCUCAGAAAAUGUCUUCCUCCAGCAGCCCCGAGCCCCAGAGGACCGGCGUCGUCGGCCCCAACCCCGGCCAGAACCCCAACCAGCCACGUGGGUUCGACCUGUCCAUGCAGAACGGUCAGAUGAAGGGCCAAGUCGGCAACAGCCUCCCGCUCCCCGGCCUCUCCGGCGUGGCCAACGGCCCAGUCGGCAACCUGCUCAAGGGCCCAGUCGACGACAACGGCAACCUGAAGGCUGCCGCUCUGACCGUCGGUAUCAAGCUCGACUUGGAGGCUGAGGUCCAUCUCUCGGCCCGUGUCAGGGGUGACAUCCUCGUUGGUCUUUAUUAG